AUGGGUUUACUGGCGAAAAUAAAGGCGAAGUCUGGCAGUAACGCCAGCACUGCCGAUAACACUAGCAGGAACAUGGGUCUUCUGGUAGUCUUCUUCCCUGAAGACGAUUCUGCCAUUGCCGACAAGAGCAAGCUUUUCUCUUCCCCCUCUAUUGCUUCAUCUUCAUCAUCUUCUUCUUCUUCACCUUCACCCUCUAGAUCACCUGGUUCCUCCUUCAGAAGAAGAAAUUCCAGUUUCCUCCUCUCUAAAGCUCAAUCCACCAUUUCAAUCUGUGCGCUUUUCAUCUUCAUCACUCUUCUUCUCUUCACUCUGUCCACCUUCGAACCCUCUAAUCCUUCUCCCCGCAAUACCCUUAUGCAUAACCCCCCUCGUCGAUUCCUAUCUCAGAAACCUCCCACCAUUCGCAAUAUUCCCAACAAUCCCACUUCGAAAUCCAAAAUCCACAAUUGGUUACCCCAAAUGUGGUGGAAACCCAAAUCGUACGAAGCAUCAAAGAUCGAGUAUUCUUUCCCUUCAACUGCUCUACAACGAAUGGGUACCCUGUAUCGAAGAGGAACCAGAGCCAUGAGUGAUCUCGUUGUGGCUCACGUGGUUGAAGACACCACCGACGAUGAGCUCCGUUUGUUUCUCAGAGUUCUGCACCGGUCUGGUCUCACUGCUAGAGCAGAUGUCGUUUUCAUCUUCGCUUCUGCUUCUUCGUCUUCGAGCUUCGGCUCCAUUAUUCAGCAAGAGAACGACUUGUUCUUGUCUCUCAUUGACCAUUAUACAGAAUUGAACCCGACGGACCCGAGCCUUAAGAAGAAGCCGGAGUCGAAUUUCGACGGUGCUCGGUUUUUUAAGGUUGGAAAGAAGGGAAAGGUAACUGGGGAGCCACUGUGGGGGAAGAAAUCCCGAGGCAAUAUCACAAGACCAGAAGCAGAGGAGGGCAGCAAAGAGGCGGCUCAGUUGAGUUACGGGUCGGUUCUCAGCUUCGACGCCACUGAACUCGACCCGGAAAACUCGCUCGCCGGUUUUCUAGAUCAUGUUCCUUUAAAAUUGCGAAGAUGGGCAUGUUAUCCCAUGUUACUGGGCCGAGUCAGGCGGAACUUCAAGCACGUAAUGCUCGUGGACGCGAAGAAUCUGGUGGUUACAAGCGACCCACUGGGACGAGUCAGGAAUCGGAGCUCCGAGUCCGUUUUUAUGUACUCUGUACCGGACAGUAAACACAGUAAGAAGACCCCUGAAAAAACUCAGUCUAACCGCCCGGUUGACUCUGCCGUCGUAAUGGGCGGCGAGCGUGGAAUUCGGAGAUUAUCGAAUGCGAUGUUGAUAGGGAUCGUUCGAGCCGCGACGCAACACAAGAGGAAGAACUUGGUGUCCGAGUCAGCAAUAUUGAGUCAACUCGUCAACAACGGGUUUGUGUUGAAGAGCGUCGAUUUGAUCACAGCGCCCGAGUCGAUACCGGACGCGACCUCACUCGGACGCCGCAACUCGGUUGCUUUUCCGUCAUUGUGGGAUCAUCCCAUAAUUCAACGUGCUUUGUAUGUGGAGCAGUGUGAGCGGAGUAGAGAUGAGUAG